AUGGCGAGCUCGAGCACGACUGCCACUCGCAGCGCGUUCUUCUACGGUACCUUGCUGCAUCCCAAGAUACUGAAGCGAGUGAUCAACAACGACGGGAGUCACUUGGAGAUAUGCCCUGCGGUGCUGCUGGCAAACUUAACGGAUGUUCAGCAUGCCGAUUACCCAGGGAUCCUCCCGUACGAAAACAGUCGCGUCCUGUUCGAACGCGACCUGGAACCCGAGCAGCGCUGCGUGCGCGGCACGCUCGUCAGGGGUCUGACCGAUUCCGACGUGCGCUCUCUGGAUUUCUUCGAAGGCGCUGUACGUGUUUCAUCCCUUCGUAUCCAUAUGAGUCGCGAGGACCCACGCUCCACAGGCCUACCAGCGCGUGGUUGUGCCUGUGCACCCGUUAGGCGCGCUCGCGGCCCUGAACGACGCGAAUGCAGAUGA